CUUGCACAACGGCACCCCCUUUUUUAAGGGCGGACCUCGGCGCAACGGUUCUUGGACAACCACAGAUUCUACUUAAAAUCUUGUUUUCCCAUUCACGGGUAUAUUAGCGUCUAAAUCUCGUAUUUGAGCAAGGAAAUCUUCUCGGUGUCGAAGGGGAAGGUUUUGGACACAAUGACCUCCACAGGGUUAAUACUGAAUACUCAUCUUCAACCCAAUGCCAUGAAUGCUUGUACAACGCAAAAACCAGGUGUUUGCAAGUUUCAGGCACCGCACCUGUUCUUGUCAAGAUACAGAUGCCACUUGAAUCCAGUGAGAACAAGUGUAUCAUGCCAAUUUGCUGAAGUUUUACAUCCUCAAGAGGACCACAAAACUCAUCCUUUAGUUAAGAUGUGUGGAAUUACAUCAGCUAGAGAUGCUGCAAUGGCUGCUGAAGCUGGUGCUCAUUUUAUUGGGAUGAUUCUUUGGCCCAACUCAAAACGUUCUGUCUCACUUUCGGUUGCAAGAGAAAUCUCGAAAGUAGCUAGAGAUUAUGGAGCAGAACCUGUUGGGGUAUUUGUAGAUGAUGAUGCAGCUACAAUGUUAAGAGCUUCCAAUGCAUCUGACAUUGAGCUUGUGCAGCUUCACGGAGAUGGGUCUCGAGCUGCUUAUCAAGUUCUACUGCAACAAAAUCGUAUAAUCUAUGUCCUCCAUGCCAAUGAAUAUGGUGCUCUGCUAAACAAAAUUUCUGAUGAAGAAUGUUCCUUGGCUGAUUGGAUUCUAGUGGAUAGUGCAAAGGGUGGAAGUGGUCAAGGAUUCGACUGGGCAAGGUUUAAGUUACCAUCUAUCAAAAGCAAAAAUGGGUGGCUUUUAGCAGGAGGGAUCAACCCUGAUAACGUUCAUGAAGCUCUUGCUACUCUUAGGCCUGAUGGUAUUGAUGUGAGCAGUGGUAUCUGUGCUUCUGAUGGUGUUCAGAAGGAUCAGUCUCGAAUAUCUUCUUUCAUGACUGCAGUGAAUUCCGUGCAUUAUUGAUCAUACAACUUACAAACAACAAAAUCAGCCUUAUCCCAACAUAAUGGGGUCGGCUACAUGGAUCCAGACCAAACAAAGUAUCAAGUAUGUAAAAACAGUGAGAAGGAAAUUAUUGAACAAUUCUUUUUUAUCUGUAUACGAUUUCACGAAGUGUUUUAUUUCAAGGUGAAAGGAUAUUAAAGGAGGAUUGGCAUGUCAAGGUUAUAUAAUACUUAGUUGGAUAGCCUUUUCUCUAAAA